AUGAACUUUGCCAAGAAACACAGUAAGAAAGAGCUGAAGAAGAUGCAGGCCAACAACGCCAAAGCCAUUAAGGCCCCAAGCACCAAGGCCUCCAAAGCCAAGCUCCUCAGGCCCAAGAUCCCCAAGGCCAGUGCUGGUUCUGAUCUCAAGGUUACCAAAUCUGACCCCAAAGCCACCAAGUCUGACACCAAGUUUGCCAAGUCUGAUUCCAGGGCAACCAAGUCUGAUUCUAAGGCCACAAAGCCCAAUGAUUCCAAGGCUGCUAAGCCUACUGACCCCAAGUCUGCCGAGUCCAAACCUAAAGAUGCUGGAGCUAAAGCUGCUAGUCCCAAGCCUUCAAGAUAG